AUGUCAGAUGGUCUGACAGCCGAUGCAAUAAAGUUUUUUAUGUUAGUUAAAGAAGGGCAACAAGAGCUUUAUCCCGGGUGUAAGAAUUUCACAACUCUUUCUUUCACUAUUCGGUUAUAUCUCUUCAAGUGCUUGAAUGGAUUAAGUAAUAAAGCUUUUGGUGAUCUCUUGGAGUUGUUAAAAGAGGCCUUUCCUGAUGCAAAAUUUCCAGAUUCUUUUAAUGCAGUAAGAAAAAUUAUAAGGAAUUUGGGUCUCGACUAUGAAAAAAAUACAUGCAUGUGGAAACUUGAUAAGAAUGUCCAAGGCGAUAAUACUGAUUCUUCUUCUGCUAGCCAAUAUCAAGUUCCAGCUAAAGUCUUGAGAUACUUUCCUUUAAAACCGAGGCUUCAGAGGUUGUACAUGUGUUCUGAAACGGCCACUGCAAUGAGAUGGCAUGCGAUUGAGCGUCCUAAAGAUGGAAAACUGAGGCAUCCUGCUGAUGGCCAAGCUUGGAAAGAUUUUGAUUCUCUGCAUUCUACGUUUGCACAAGAUCACAGGAAUGUCAGAUUAGGUUUAACUAGUGAUGGGUUUAAUCCAUUUCGGACUAUGAGCAUUUCUCAUAGCACAUGGCCGGUGGUUUUAAUCAAUUACAACUUAGCACCAUGGAUUUAUAUGAAACCAGAAUAUUUCUUUUUGUCCUUACUUAUUCCAGGUCCAAGUUCCCCUGGAAAGGAUAUUGAUGUUUAUAUGCAGCCCUUGAUCAAGGAAUUGAAAGAAUUGUGGGAGGAUGGAGUUGAAACAUAUGAUGUAAGUGUGAACCAGGCCUUUUUCUUGCGUGCAGCCUUGACGUGGACCAUUAGCGAUUUUCCAGCAUAUGCAAUGUUGUCAGGUUGGAGCACUAAAGGUAAAUUAGCAUGUCCUUCUUGUAACCAUGAAACUUCUUCUCAAUAUCUCAAGUAUAGUAGGAAGACUUGUUAUAUGGGUCAUCGGAGAUUUUUAGAUGCUAACCAUAUAUGGCGAUUUGAUGAUAAGUCUUUUGAUGGUCAUGUUGAGUUAAGAGGUGCACCUUCUAGUUUGUCAGGAACCGAAGUUGUAAGAGAACUAUCAGAUUUUGAAAAUGUAUUUGGAAAAAAUCAAAAGAAGAAAGCAAAUGAUGGCCCUUGGAGAAAGAGAUCAAUAUUUUUUGAAUUGUCGUAUUGGGAACAUAAUACUUUGCGACACAAUUUAGAUGUCAUGCACAUUGAGAAAAAUAUAUGUGAUAGUAUUUUGGGCACAUUGUUGGAUAUUUCAGGAAAGACAAAAGAUCACUUGAAUUCUCGCUUUGAUUUGAAAGAAAUGGGAAUAAGAGAAGAGCUUCAACCUAUUUUCUUAGCUGAUGGAAAAGUUAAGUUGGCAAAAGCAGGGUUUUCAAUGACAGAGGAAGAAAAGAUGCUCUUUUGCACUGUUUUAAAGGAAGCAAAAUUACCCCAAGGAUGUGCAUCAAAUAUAUCUCGAUGUGUGCAGCUUAAGGAAAAGAAAAUUUCUGGGUAUAAAAGUCAUGAUGCUCAUUUUCUCUUGCAUUUUCUGAUUAAAGUUGCUGUGAGGAAAACAUUGCCUAAACCCAUUGCAAUUCUAUUAAUCAAGUUCAGUGACUUCUUUCGAGGUGUAUGCAGUAAAGUCAUAAGCUUAGCGGACCUAGAGAAAUUGCAAGCAGAAAUAGUUGAGAUACUUUGUCGACUUGAAAUGCAUUUCCCACCUUCUUUUUUUGAUAUAAUGGUGCAUUUGCCCAUACAUUUGGUGGAAGAAAUUAAACUUGGUGGCCCAGUUCAUUGCCGAUGGAUGUAUGGAGUUGAGAGGGAUUUGUGUAUAUUGAAGGCAAGUGUUCGUAAUCGUAGUUGUCCAGAAGGUUCUAUUGCAGAAGGUUAUCUAGCUGAAGAAUGCCUAGUGUUUUGUUCUAGAUACAUGCAUGAUGGUGUGAAGACAAGAUUUAGUAGAUAUUGGUGGAAUGAUGAUAGAAUUACAUCCAUCGAUGUAUCAUUGCCUAUUUUCCCUAAGAUAGGUCAUCCUAUUGGAGGGAAGAAAAAAAGACAGGGGAAGGCAUUUGCUUUAGAUCAUAAAUUACUAGAGCAAGCUCAUCGAUAUGCUUUGGAACAUCAAGACUUAAUUCAACGUCGAAGAAGGGUAAGUAGAUGGGCAAGAGAAAAAAUCCAUAGUCAAGAAUUUGCACAAUGGUUUCAAGGAAAAAUUACAAAUGUAGAAGUUCCAAAAUAUAUUCUAUGGCUAUCAAAAGGACCAAACACUGUUGUUAAGAGGUAUGCUGGAUAUUUCAUCAAUGGGUAUCGUUUUCAUACUAGGAAAAGAGAUGCUCGGUGUAAGACUCAAAAUAGUGGAGUUACUUUAAAAGCACUUACCCCUAGCUUUGCAAGUUCAAAGGAUUCGAAUCCUGUUGUUGGAGACGUCACCUACCAUGGAGCUAUAGAGGAGAUCAUUGAGCUUGAUUAUUGGGGUUAUUUUAGUGUGGUUUUAUUCAGGUGUGUUUGGUUUCAAGUGGAGAAGGAUGAAUAUGGGCUGAAUUGUGUUAACAUCAACAAACUUUGUUAUCCAGAUGAUCCUUUUGUCAUGGCUUCUCAAGUACAUCAGAUAUUUUAUGUUAAAGACCCAAUUGAAGAAGCACUCUAUUAUGUCAUUGCAAAAGUUCCUAGAGAUUUAUUUGACCUUCAAUAUGAGAAUUGUGAUAGUGUUGCAGAAACAUUUUGGGGAGAGCCUAAUGAAUUGAUAAGUGGUGAUUCACUUGCAACGUCUAGUGAUAAUCCUAUAACUUGGAUUAGAGAAGAUGCUUUUACUGAUAUUUUGGAUGUGCCAUUACAUAUUUUAGAAACACAGCUGCCUUUAGAUAACAAUGAUGAAGAUUCAGAUUUUGAUGAUACUGAUUGGGAUUGGAUGAGUCCAAGUGACUGA